CGCGGGGACGGGGUCACUUCACUAAGAACAGAACUUGCAUUUAAAAACAGACUCCCGGUGAUCGCUGGCACUUAGAAGUGUGACAGUGUUCUCGGAGCUAGGAAGUUCCUGCGACCGCUCGAUCGAGUGCGAGUGUCUGAUCGAGUAAACCGGAUCUUGGUCCCAAGGAAGUCCCACGCCCCGUGUCUGCAAUGAGUGCUCUGUGUUUGUCGCUACUGCUGGCCUGUCAACCGGUCGUCUAUGGUCGAGGUCGUGCAUAUGAUGGUGAGAAUAAUGGUUUUUGGCUCAGUGGAUAUCCGCAUCCGAACGAUGUCGGUUAUGAUCCGGAUGUGAAUUACGGCAAUCGAGUUACUAGCAAACCGAAAGGAGCCCCAUCCUGGACCUACUCCAUAGACGAUGCGAUCGGUCCGCCGAACUGGGGCAUUGUAGCGCCUGCAUGCAGUGGCACCUAUCAGAGUCCUAUCAACAUCGUUAGCAAGGAAUCGUUGUUCGUUCGCCGGAAGCUACCACUAGAGCUGGAUGGAUUGCGGAACUUGCCAGGUGCGAUGAAGGUCGAGAAUGAGGGCACCUCAGUGAAGUUUACUCCUCAGUGGAAUGGCCGCACACGCCCUGCUCUGCGCGGUGGUCCGCUAAAGAAUAAAUAUAUUUUUGAACAGUUCCACUUCCACUGGGGCCCCGAUAAUACGGUCGGAUCGGAGCAUACCCUCGAUGGGAAGCAGUUCCCGUUGGAGGUGCAUCUGGUGUUUUACAACGGGUUGUACAAGUCCUUCGAUGAGGCCAAGGGCGAGGUAGACGGACUGGCAGUGAUUGGGUUCUUGUACGAUGUCAUUCCCAACUCGGCCGACUAUUCGUUCAACAUUUGGAGCAACUAUUUGCCACAAGUGAGACAACCGCAUUCCAAGGCGCAACUUUCCUACAGCAAGUCCUUCUCGCUGGCCCAUGUAAUCGGAGAGAUGGGAUGGCCGUUCUAUUCAUACUCCGGCAGUCUCACUACGCCACCCUGUCUCGAAACGGUCACCUGGAUCGUGGCCAGCAAACGGUUAUCCGUCACCGAGCGUGAAAUGAAGCUGUUCAGGGCAACGCUCGGGGAGGACGGUAGACCAUUGCUGCUAAACUAUCGUCCCACUCAGCCCAUUAACAAUCGACGCGUUUUCCGGUACUAGACAUACUUUAGCAAUCGUUCCUUUGCGCGCCAUUUGAGCGUUCAGUGCGCAUACAUAACGAAAGGCGUACAAGUGACGGUCUGUGAGGAGUGCGUAUGCAUGGUUGAAAGCACUAGACUGACAGUGUGAUGGUAGUUAUUAGAGAGAGAGAGAGAGAGAAAGGGAAAGAACCGUAUCACUAACGAAAUAAGUGAGUUCCUUUAGCGUAAAUGAUAGUGUAAGUAGUUUAAUAAAAGAAAAGUGUUACCAAUAGUUUAGAUAAAGAGUAAAAUCUGUCUAAAAAGAGGAGAUAGCCCGCGAUACACAAAGAUAAUUUUUCAUGCUCGUAUAACGGGUUCAAGACCGCCAGGUAGAGCUGGUUCAGGCUACAAUUCGGUAUGAUUUUUUACCGAUUUAUUAUAGAUGCUUUGAACAGUAUGGUAAUUUACAGCUUAAUUAAUGUAGGUCGUUUUAAAAAAGUGUCAUAGCAUUCCUUUUUUACAACUGAAAAUAUUUAGUACAGAAAGAAAGUUUUGUAUAUGAUUAAGUCUUUUUGAGGGAUUUUUUUUUUCAUUAUUUGAAUGUGUAGAAAGGUGUAGCCGAAAGUUAUAUCAUUUUAAUGGAAAUUAAAAAGAACGUCCUGG